GAGAGAAAGUGAGAGAAAAUCUUACCGAAGGCUCCAUUGUCUUUCUUUCUUUCUCUCUCUAUAACUCAAAAAACCUUCCAUCUAUACCUUCAGAUAGCUCUCAACAUCUACAUAUAUCCUUUCUCUCGUCUCUAAGAGUACAUAUAUAUAUAUAUACACACACACACACACAUAUAGAUAGAUAUAGAUAUAUGCAUUUUACAUAUAUACCUGUGAAUCUUCCUGGUUUGUGUAUUUUGGAGCCUUUUUUGGGCUCUUGAGGGUUAAAUGGAUUGUAUUUGAGAAGGGAUUUUCUGAAACAGGAUCUUUCAAAUUUUUAGAGGGUACUGUUACUGGUGCGUUUUGAUUUGUUGGAGAAAAAUGGCAACUGAGCAAGUAUUGCCUUUCUCUGUGGUUUCUGUUGUGGAGGAAAUUCUUCAACAACAUGGGAAUGGAACUGGGACUAGAUCAAGAGAAAUUGAUUUGGCUUCAAGAAAAGCUGAUGAAGCUUCCCUUAGAAGGUAUGAAGCAGCUGGGUGGCUUCGAAAAAUGAUUGGAGUUGUUGGGGGUAAAGAUUUGCCUGCAGAACCCUCGGAAGAAGAAUUCCUGCUUGGAUUGCGAAGUGGGAUAAUCUUGUGCAAUGUCAUUAACAAGGUUCAACCUGGAGCAGUGCCAAAGGUGGUGGAAGGCCCUUGUGAUUCUGUCACGGUUCCUGAUGGGGCAGCUCUAUCUGCAUUUCAGUACUUUGAAAAUGUAAGAAACUUCCUUGUUGCUGUGGAGGAAAUGGGCCUUCCAACCUUUGAAGCCUCUGAUCUGGGGCAGGGAGGGAAAUCUGCUCGAGUUGUGAACUGCGUAUUAGCACUUAAAUCAUAUAACGAGUGGAAACAAAAUGGUGGAGUUGGAACAUGGAAAUAUGGUGGAAGUUUAAAACCCCAACACAGUGGAACUGGGAAACCCUUCAUGAGAAAAGUUACAGAACCUUUCAUGAAUUCCUUUUCGCGGACCACGUCUUUGCCCAGUGGUGGUGAUCAUUUUUCCUACGAUGAUCUUGGCCAUGACCUCAAUGAAUCAAGUGCCUCUCGUUCGUUGCACAUGCUUGUGCGUGCAGUUAUUUCGAAUAAGAAGCAAGAAGAAAUACCAUAUAUUGUAGAAUCUAUGUUGAAUAAAGUCAUGGAGGAGUUUGAGCGUCGACUUGUGAGCCAACAAGAACUGAUGAAAGCAACAGCAAAAGACUUGGUAGCAUCUAGCCCUGGCAUGUCUCUUGAAACAACAUCUAGUGAUAUAAAGAUGGAAGAAGAAACUUCUACACCAAUCAAAGCAGAAGAAGCUUCCUCAGGAAUCACAGCAGAAGAAUACUGCAGUCAAGAGGAUGAUAUUCAUGAUGAGAAAUCAAAAAUUCAGCUUUUGAAGCAGCAAAUGAUGGUGGAACAGCAACAUAAACAUAUUCAGGAACUGAAACAUGCCCUUCACUCCACGAAAACAGGAAUGCAGUUUUUGAAGAUUAAGUAUCAGGAGGAGUUCAACAUUCUAGGCAAGCACUUGUAUGGCCUAGCUCAUGCUGCUUCAGGAUACCAGAGAGUCCUUGAAGAAAACCGCAAGUUAUACAAUCAAGUUCAGGACCUCAAAGGAAAUAUUAGAGUAUACUGCCGAGUGAGACCCUUCUUGCCUGGGCAACCAAACCGUUUCAGUACUGUGGAUCACAUAGAAGAAGGAAACAUUACAAUAAUCACUCCUUCAAAAUAUGGCAAAGAAGGAAGAAAAUCAUUUAAUUUCAACAAAGUUUUUGGUCCCACGGCAACUCAAGAGGAAGUAUUUGCAGACACUCAGCCUUUGAUUCGGUCGGUUCUUGAUGGAUACAAUGUUUGUAUAUUUGCUUAUGGCCAAACAGGAUCUGGGAAAACUUAUACUAUGAGUGGCCCGGAUGAACUUACAGAGGAGAGCCAAGGUGUAAACUACAGGGCAUUGAGUGAUCUUUUUCUUCUGUCAGAUCAAAGAAAGGAAAUUAUUUGCUAUGAAAUCUCUGUCCAAAUGCUAGAGAUUUACAAUGAGCAAGUGAGGGAUCUCCUUGCUAGUGAUGGUAUAAACAAAAGAUUAGAAAUUCGCAACAGUUCUCAGAAUGGGAUUAAUGUACCAGACGCAACCCAAUUACCUGUAUCAUCAACAGCUGAUGUCAUAAAUUUGAUGAACCUUGGACAUAGGAAUCGUGCAGUGAGUGCUACAGCAAUGAAUGACCGGAGCAGCCGCUCUCAUAGCUGCCUGACAGUUCAUGUUCAAGGAAGAAACUUCACAUCUGGAACUAUGAUUCGUGGUUCGAUGCAUCUUGUUGAUCUAGCAGGAAGUGAAAGAGUUGAUAAAUCUGAGGUGACUGGAGAUAGAUUGAAGGAAGCACAACAUAUCAAUAAAUCUCUUUCUGCUUUAGGAGAUGUGAUUUCCUCUCUUGCUCAAAAAAGUUCUCAUGUUCCCUACAGGAAUAGUAAACUCACUCAACUACUCCAAGAUUCCCUUGGAGGGCAGGCCAAAACGCUCAUGUUUGUCCACAUAAGUCCUGAGCAUGAUGCUCUUGGUGAAACAAUUAGUACACUUAAAUUUGCUGAAAGGGUUGCCACAGUUGAGCUUGGUGCUGCUCGAGUUAAUAAAGAUAGUUCUGAGGUGAAGGAGCUAAAAGAGCAGAUUGCUAACCUUAAGGCGGCCUUAGUUAGGAAGGAGGGAGAUUCAGAGCAUUCGCAAAAUUCUGGAUGCAGCACCCCAGAAAGACUAAGAAUGAAGCCAGGAACUGGAGAUAGUAGUCGUAGGCAAUCAAUGGAUAAUGCUGGUAAUAUAGAGGUGAGGAGCAAUUCUUCAUCUUCCCUGAGAAGAAGAAGCCUAGAUCUCAAUGAUUUGCGAACAAAGUCACCUCCUUGGCCACCUGUUGGAAGUCCUGCACAGAAUGAAAAUGAGGAAGAUAAAGAAUCAGUCUCUGGUGACUGGGUAGAUAAGGUGAUGGUGAAUAGGCAUGACAAUAUAAAGAGUGGAGAUGACGAAAACCUUCUGGGACAAUGGGAACUAGACAGCAGACAAUUGCCUGAGCCAUUUUAUCAGGGUUAUGCUCAAGACCCUUCCAAGAUUUACCCAGAACAACCCUUCAAUAAUAAAACUUCUACUGCAAAUAAUAAGGACAACCAAGAAUUUGAUGCACAGAGUCGUAGGUCUGAUGUUAUAUCCACUGAUUCUGAUGAGCUUGAGGCUGGAACAAGUGAUUCUUCCGAACCUGACUUGCUAUGGAAAUCAAAUCUUCCUAGAGAGAGCAGCCUUCCUAAUGGGUUGGGAUCUAAGCCAAAGAAGACUAAUACCAAGGCAAUCAAGAGACCAGAAACCAAGAGUUUAAUUCCAUCACUAAUUCCUUCUCCAUCAAAGAAACGCAAUGGGGUUAGUCCAGUCACAAGCAAGCUUGGAAGACAUCUAGUUGCUGCUGAUGUGAAAAGGAAAACUGGCCAUGCAAAGUGAGAAUUCUACUGUGAGAUGCUGAAGGAGAAGAUGGCUUAUGUUUUUUUUUUUUUUUUUUUUACCCUUUUUGUGUAUUUACCAUUACUACUUAGUUGUAGAGAGAGAGAGAGAGAGAGAGAGAGAGAGAGAGAGAUGUUUUCACACUUUCAAAUGGCAAUAACUUCAGUUGCCUAGGCUUUCUGCGAUGAAGAUCAUGAUAUUUAUGAAAUCCCACCUUACUGAUUUCGAUUUGUUCACGAGCGUGGUGUUCA